GUACAGAUGAACCAGCUGGUGAUCAUGCCUGAGCCAGCGAAGUCCGCACCGAAGAAGGGUUCCAAGAAGGCCGUUACCAAAGCAGCGGGAAAGGGCGGUAAGAAGCGCAAGAGAUCCAGGAAGGAGAGCUAUGCUAUCUAUGUCUACAAAGUCCUGAAGCAGGUCCAUCCUGACACCGGGAUUUCCUCUAAGGCCAUGGGCAUCAUGAACUCUUUCGUCAAUGAUAUUUUCGAGCGUAUCGCCGGUGAGUCCUCUCGUCUCGCUCACUACAACAAGCGCUCCACCAUCACAUCGAGAGAGAUCCAGACCGCCGUGCGUCUGCUGCUGCCCGGUGAACUCGCCAAACACGCCGUGUCUGAGGGAACAAAGGCCGUCACCAAGUACACCAGCUCCAAAUAAAUCUCUUGAAGCUUUCAACAACAUAAAGGCUCUUUUAAGAGCCACCCACUUUAUCGG